GGAGAUUGGCGUCAGAUACUGGCGAGGUAGCCUCUGCGAGGACGAGCACGACUUCAUCUGUCUCCCCUCCUCAUCUCCCCUUUCUUCAUGACGACCGACAUGACAACUCAAGACGGUCCUCUGCGCUCCUUCGUCCUCUCGCGAGAGAAAGGCCCCUGGUCUCCCUACGAGGUCAUCGAUUGGUAUGACCUCAUGCAGACCCUGUGGGAGACCAGCACGCCGGCCAGAGUGAUGGUCACCUCUCGUAGCCGCGUCUUCGAGCAAUUCAGGCCUUGCCGCAUCGACGUGCUCGAGAGGGAAGACCCCACGCCGGACGGCGUCGAGAGUCGCGAUCUUCGUCGUCUCGCCCAGCUCAAGCUAUACACCAUCAAUCAUGGUAGCGAAAGCUGGUCCGAGGAGGAGAGGACAGGAUGGCGCGACGUACUUCAGUACAUCAUCGACACUCGCAGCCGAGCGGACAUGAUCCUGACUUCGAGGAAUAGCGUCUUCGAAGACUUUGUAGUGUCACGACGGUGUCACGACGGGACGAUUCCUUGAAAGCGACCCCAACAUCAUCAAGCAUUCAGCCUACUCUCCCGCCUCCGCCCGGGCCGCUCCAACCCACUCUCUGCCGCAGACGUAUUUGUUGCCGUC